ACAUGUGUCAGUCUUCUACACAGUUUAUGAUAUUAUGUAUAUUUAUUUAUUUACAUUCCUCUCGUUCGCUAGACAGUUGUCGUCAUUAUCGUUACUGUUUCACUGAAGAGCCAAAAGUGUCGUACCUCCGGACCUAUGCAUCCGUCCGGUGUACACUGACAACAGUUAACGGUUAGGUAGAAUUUAAACGUUGUCUUAGUCGGACUCUGUUAGCUCCUCGCGCACCAAAGUACGUCUCAUUAGACACCGCGCCCGCCGGUGGUAUACAUGUUAAAUUUCUGUUCUUGAUUUCCAGAAAAACUCUUUUCAGAAUCCGUUUCACCGACUUGAUUACAAACGCUAAAACAUAAUGAUUGUACGCACUUGCGCGGUGUUAUUAUUUAUAUUAGUGAACUUGUUGCUAAAUAGUGAAAUUGGUGCUCAGCCGGGUAAUAAAAGUAUUUGCGAAACUUGUGCUUGUUUUCCCACAAAUGUCGCCCCGACCUCGGUCAACUGUACUUGUAUCAAGAACAAAUUUUUGAUUAUACGACCGACUGAUGCGUCUCUGUUGUUGGCCGUAAAAGAACUAACACUAGCUGCGUGUGGACUUGUAUCGCUGCCGCCGUCUGGAUUGCCAAAUGCAAACCUCCUAAAGAAAGUUACAGUGCGCGACAUCAAACUGUUCCACUACACUGCGGGUCUUUUUCCUGUUCUGGAAACUCUUGUGAUUGAAAAUGUCGAUGGACUCGUACUGGACGGUUUCGGUCAAGCCAACAACACGCUAAAAGAACUCGAACUCCGUCGGACUAAGGUGCAAAAAUUCGUCCAGGGAACAGUUCCUGCAUCUGCACCACUUCGCAAGAUCACUCUGGACAGCGUUGAAAUCGAGGAAAUCGAACCUGGAGCAUUAGACAUGUCGUUUAGUCACGACAAAGUCGAAGGAUUUUCUAUGAUCAACUCAUCGGUCAAAACCAUUGAGGCAGGAGGUGUAAUGGUCCGGUCGGGUUCAGUAAAAAUAGUUAACAGCACUUUUGAUAAAUUACACAGUGGCUCAAUAAUAGUCGAAGAAGGUAGGGAAAUUAAUUUGUCCGGUAAUAAAUUCAACAACGUGUCUUUGGUUGGCGACAGUGUGACCAUAAGCCGCUCUCGAAACUUUGGCGAUGGGAAUGUUACCAUAGACGGAAAUGAGUUCUUCAGCCUACCAGCCGAUUUGCAAAUUUUCAAAACGGACCGGCACGUGACGUUCGCAAACAACAUUGUGCACGACGUGGACCUCGGACCCUUUUUGUUUGGUGUGGGGCCCACAGUUCGGGUGUCGGGUAACCGGUUUGAAUGCGACUGCGACUCGCGGCGGACCAGCGUACUGAAGCUCAACCAAGUCUUUCCGGGCCUGUUGUCUGAUGACAGUUAUUUUACGGUUUUACUGGCCGAAAACAAUUGUAAACAACCAGCAAGUAUGACCCUGGCAGGUUACCGAGACGAGUUAAUCGCUGGAAAGACUUGUCCCGGCACUAGUCUUCCCACAGCCGAACCUACGACACCACCAAUGCCAACCGAUUCACCUAGUAAAUCUUCUAGCCGAUCGUCCAGUGAGAUCACAAUGGCCGUCGUCACUCUAUUUAUGAUAAUUUUUACAGUGUUACCAUUGAGCUGAAUUGCGAUGGUCAUAGUGCGAAGCGGCUGGACAGUAUGUCACGUUUUUUAACCUUUCAUUGGUCUAAAUGAAAAACCUUGAGAAGACAGGUCAACUUUACCUACUGACAACUAGUAGCUUUUUUUAAUUUAGCUGUUUAAUCUAUGUUUAUCUGAAUUAUUUUACAAUAUUUUUGUAUAUACAAUUAGUUUUUUUUUUUAAUAAUUGAAUUGUAAAUUUUUUUUUACGUAAACGAGCAAUAUUUGUUUUUUGGAUAUUAAUUUUAUGUAAAUAAACAUCAAUGUACAACACACGUUGUGAACUAAAUAUAGUGUUACAAGGAAAAU